AAAAAAAUGCUGUUUUUGUGCAGCAGUUCUUAUUAAAUCACAUGCUGUUUGAUUUAUUUGAAACAGAUAAUAAAGGAGGAUACUGUGGGUGUUGGAGAGGACCCACUGAAAAAUGUGAGUGCACGAAAGGAUCUCACAGAUGAACAUGUGGCCCCUGACACUCCAGCCACCUCUUCUGCACCAGUCUCACCUCCAGCUGAGGCUCAGACGAACAAAUCAAAGAAGGCUUCCUGGUGGCGCAGAUGGCUUUUUUGUGAGAAAAAGUCAAAGGUUUUUCCCAAAAAUGAAGACAAGGCAGAAGACACGGUCGUGCCACCUUCUGAACCCCAACAGAGUACCAUCAGCACUGAAAAAUGUGAAGUCAAGGACGUUGGUGUCCAGACAGAGGUUUCCUGCCCUCCCAACUCGCUGCUGUUUUUCUGCACGAAAAAGGUGACCUUAGAUGAUGAGCCGCGUUGUCCUGAAGUCAAUGAGAGAGAUGAGCCAGUUUCCAGGCCGUGUACCCCAGCAGGUCACGGUGGUAGCCAGGGGGCCAUGCUAAGAGACCACGUCACACACUGCUGACUAACAUACGAUGAUGAGUUCGUCAAUGAUGAGCAGCGGCAGAGAACAGCUUACCUGCUGUUCUAUGAAAAACAGCUUUUCAGCUCCACAUUUUUGCCAUUUCUUCCACACUCAACUCUUUUCUACAAGGUGAGCGCACAGUGAAGGAAGGGGAGGGCUGAUGGCAUUAAGAGAUUUGAUUGGGCAAUCUAGGGGCCAGUUAGUUCUUCCCUUUGGUGAAAGCUGGGCUCUUCAGUUCAGCAUGGUACAGCUCCAAAGAUUCUGCAACAUCAAACCCUCUGUCUGCUAAUAUUACAUCACCUGGGCUGAGGCAGUCCAGGUAACAGUUUCUAUUUUUGUUUUUAAACUUUAGAUAUAAACAAAACAAGAAAAAUAACAUUUAUCACUCCAUCUCGAUUCAUUUUCAUGUCAUAAGUGUUAGCAACAGUUCUAGAAAAGGAGAAGUUUGUUCCAGUUUGCAGAAAUGUUAUUACAAAUGUUCAAACUACUGCACUGUAAAAUCUAAGUAGUUCCCAGAACUCAAAAAAACUAUGCAAACUCAUUGCCUCCAGAAAAAUUGAGUGCAGUUUACUUAAGAUGACUGUUAGGACAACUUCUUCACUGCAAGUAUGCAGUACUAAGAAUAACAAUUUGUGGUAACCUGAUUAUGAUUCAAAAUGAAUAAUUAACAACACUUCUUGUAAUGGUGUUAAAAUCAGGACAACUUUUAUUUUCAAAUGCAAAAAGUAAAAGAAAAUCAGCCAACAUACUGGACACAUAUAAUUGUCAAUAUAAUUGUUUGUUGUUCUGCUGAACAAUAACAAUUAUACUGUCAUCAUUGUUACAGAGAUUGAAACUUUAUUGAUAAUUUGUCCAGGUAAAAAAUGCCCUCCCACAAAUGUCAUGUGACAACCUCAUUGGCUUACAGAGUUUUGACAUCACCCACAUUUAGAAUCUUACCACCACUUUGAUCCUUUGAUCCUUUGAUCCUAAAAACCCUUAAAUAGGAGUGAGACACAACAACUUUUAGUCUGUUAUUCGCAGCAUUUACGUUUGCAGCAUUCAAACGCUCACCAGAGAAGCCUUUUUUGGAUCCUUUUCAGAGUCACUGUUCACUGUUUACAGAUUCUAACAUGUCUCCGAAAAAACACAACAAAAGAGAAAUAGUAAAGCCCAGCGCUCCUCUUUGCGAUCAAGAGGACAAUAUUCAAGUACAGAAGAUGUGCUUGGAAGAAAUGGAUGAGAAAAAUCUCAGGGAGAAUCACAAUACGCGACACCCGCCCCAGCCAGAGUACAUCUAUUACGUCUGGCAAAGUUUUUUUGAACAACGAGCGGAGAUUAUGUGCCUGAGAGAAGAAUAUGAGAGAAGGACUGCUGAAGUACAUAGAUUGUUCAGCCAGCUUGUUGAAAAGGAAGAUAUUCAAAAGGAGAAAGAAAUGGAAGUCCUAGACAUGCGCGGAAGGAUCUUUGAGCUCCAAGCAAAGCUUAAUAAAGCUCAAGAAAAACCAACAGAAGAAGUCCUCCAACAGAAGAAAAACGAGGACAAAAAGGACAAAAAGAUUCAGGAGUUGCAAGUAAAGCUUGACGAAGCUUUGCAAAAAAAUAAAGAAAUCCUCCAAGAGAAGAAACAACUGGUCAUAAAACUCCAAGGCACAGAGAUAAAUCACAAAGUGCUGAAAGGAAGGGUUGAGUUUCUUCAAAAGAAAGGGCAACAGACCAUGAAACAGGAAGAUACGGAUUGCAAGCUUCAGGACAUGGAGAAACACAACAAAGGCUUGCAAAUAAAGCUCGAUGAAGCUCUGCAAAAAAAUAAAGAACUCCUCCAAGAAAAAGAGCAAAUGGACGUAAAGCAGCGCAAACUCCAAGGCAUGGAGGAAAAGUACAAAGCGCUUCAGGCAAGGCAUGAUAAAACACUGAACAAGAAUAAAGAGUUGCUUCAAGAAAAAAGCAACAAGAAAUUAAACAGAAAGAAAUGGACUGCAAGCUUGAAGACGUGGAGGAAAAAUACACAGCGCUGAAAAUAAAGUUCGAUAAAACAGUGCAAAGAAAUAAGGAUUUCAAACAAGAGAAAGAACAGCAAGAUAUGAAAGAGAAAGAUCUGGAUUGCGACCUUCAGAACAUCAAGAAACACAACAAAGGUUUGCAAGUAAUGCUUGAUGAAGCUCUGCAAAAAAAUAAAGAAAUCCUUGAAGAGAAAGAAAAGCUGGACAUAAAGCAGAGAGACAUGCAGUGCCAACUCCAAGGCAUGCAGGAAAAAUACGGAGCGCAGCAGGUAAAGCUUGAUGAAACACUGCAGAAAUAUCAAGAGCUGCUUCAAGACAAAGAACAACGGGAAAUAAAGCAGAAAGAAGAAAAACAAACUCUCCAGGACUUUGAGAGGAAAAACCAAAAACUGCAAGAACGUUAUAACAAAAUGAACAACAAAACAACUGAACUGGAGAGGGAAAAGAAAACACUGCAAAAACAAUGCUCAGACAUGCAGAGUAAGCUCAAUGACAUCCUGAGAAAAAACACAGAACUUGAGGAACUUUCCAACAACUUGAAGUGCAAAAACACUGAGGUGCAGAUGUUAAAGCAGCAACUAGAGAAAACAAACAAAGACCUGCAGUGUACACUUCAACAAAUCGAGAGAAGUCAGCAGCUAGAAGACACGCACAACAAAUUAGAACAGUGUUAUACAGAGAUGCACAAGGCAAAGCUAAUGCAGGAGGCAAAAUGUAACGAACUGAAAGAAAGGCUGGAAGAAAAACAAGCCAAAUUAGAAGAAGUGGAGAAAACAUGCAGGAAACUUGAGAAGGAAAAUACACAAAUGAUCGAUGAGUUAAGAACCCUCAUCCUAGAGAAAAAAGUGCUCGUGGAAAAGCUCAUGGAAAAGAAGAAAAAACACUUCCGUUUCUUCUGGAGGAGGGACACUCCUGCUUUUUCUACGUUUUCUACGUUUUCUGCUGCUGAUGUCACCUCGUCUUCCUCCACCUCUGUUCCAUCGUAAUUUUCACCUCUCCAAUCCUGUCCCCUCCCUUUCCCACCUGACACCUCUCCCUCCCCUAUUUCCCUUUAACCCCUAACACCUGUCCCAUCUCCCUCCCCUCUCUCUCUCUUUCACCCUCACCCCCCAACCAGUCCCGACAGUUGACUGCCCCCUCUAGAGCCUGGUUCUGUCAUAGGUUUCUUCCUUUAAAGGGAGUUUUUCCUAUCCACUGUCGCACCUAGUGCUUGCUCAGAGGGGAUUGUUGGGGUUUUCUGUCCUCUAUCUCUUUCCUCUUUUCUAUCCCUUUAAUUUACCCUCUUGAAGUGCAAAAACACUGUCCCAUCUCCCUCCCCUCUCUCUCUUUCACCCUCACCCCCCAACCAGUCCCGACAGUUGACUGCCCCCUCUAGAGCCUGGUUCUGUCAUAGGUUUCUUCCUUUAAAGGGAGUUUUUCCUAUCCACUGUCGCACCUAGUGCUUGCUCAGAGGGGAUUGUUGGGGUUUUCUGUCCUCUCUUUCCUCUUUUCUAUCCCUUUAAUUUACCCUCUUCUUAAACACCCCCCCCCUCUCUAUUUCCUCAAUAAUUUAAUAAUAAACACAAUUGGCUGCAUUUUAAAUGUGUCUGAACAAUGUCUUCAUUCAAGAAUGAAUUGUCUUUGUCAUGGACUCAUGUAUUGUGUGUUUUCCUCGGGUUGGUGUUUCUCACGGUCGUUCAGCCCAGGAGUCCAGUGUUUUAGUGUUUUAAUCACAUUUAGUGUUACAUUUUAGAUCACCAUAAUAGGAUAUCCGCAAUUUAGGAUUCAGGCAUUUGUUUCAGUUCAAUAUCGUAAUCAUUCUAUGAUUGAGGAAUUUUACAGAACCUUCAGUCAGCAGCAAUAACUUCAAUUCAUUGACAUUUGCAAGCAUUCCUUUAUACACAGCAUUUCAGUUAGGUUGAGGUCUGGACUUCCAUGCUGUAGAUCUGCUGCUGUGCUUGGGGUCAUGAACCUGUUGCAUGACCUAAUUUAAGAGAAGCUUUAGCUGUCGGACAGAUGGCCUCACAUUUGACUCUAGA